UUUGAGAUCCCCGCUCUGCACUCCUUCCAGUACGAGGAGGAGCGUAAGCAGUCUCGUUCUUACCACGCGGAGAACGCGUAAAUGUCAGUUUAGGAGUUUUGGGAGAUUGUCUAUAUGUUGAUGGAUAUGGCUUGCAUGAUACUAUUGCAUGUUUGCAUGUUGCAUGAUUCGCAUGAUACCUUAUUAUUUUAUACCAUGUACUGAUAAUUUUUCAAGAGUUGAUGCAUCAACUGGGUUUCAAAAUUUUAUUCAAGUGAUUUUCUAUUCGCUUUUCUUCUUUCCUUCUGUAGUGAUUGAUAUUGUUUCAUCUGAGGCAAGGUGGAGAGUUAGUACUUAAAGUAUUGUAUUCAUAGUUAUAUUUCUAGGUCCA